AUGGGGUUGGGAUCGAGGUCGUUAGAUUUUUGGUUAGGGUUAGGGUUCGUUGUGGUUAAGGUUGGGUUCAAGUUCACUACGAUUGGGAUGGGGUUUGAAGUUGCUAGUGUUUGGGUUAGGUUUGAGGUCAUCGGGUUUGAGUUGGUAUUGAGGUUCAAGUUCGUCGGGGUUGAGGUUGAAGUUAGAGGUUUAAAGUCACAUGGGUUAGGGUUCAAGGUUGUUUUGUUGGGGUUCGACUUUUUUGAGUUAGGGUUUAAACUUGAGUUCACAUGA